AAAUUGGCUGGAGGGGCCCGUCGGCGGCGAAGUUGCUAGCUGGGGGCAGAGACGGCCACGCGGUUGCAGGAAUUGGCCAACGGCUCCUUUCAACCCUGCCUCGUUGGUGGCCACUGGAGAAGCGCGGGGGGCUCCCCCAGACAGCCGUGGGGACAAGUUAGAGCCAGCACUUUACCCCGGGCCUUGCGUGUAGCUUCCCCUCCCCUACUCUCGGUGCCCUGGUGUCUGGAGGGGGGUUGUGGGGUGUGCCCGCCUUACAUGGUCCACCACCCGGGCAACCCUCUGGGCUUGUGUUCCAUCUCACUCUUGCCUCCUGCACUGUGGUCAAGGGGAACCACUUUGCAUCAUGUCCCGGUAUAGCUACCAGAGCCUCCUGGACUGGCUCUAUGGGGGCGUGGACCCCAGUUUUGCAGGCAAUGGGGGCCCCGACUGUGCUGCCUUCCUCUCUUGGCAGCAGCGGCUGCUGGAAAGUGUGGUGGUCCUGACCCUGGCCCUGUUGGAGAUCCUGGUGGCCCUGCGGCACAUCCUGAGGCAGACGAAGGAGGACGGUAGGGGUAGCCCUGGCAGCCAGCCAGAGCAGGUGACCCAGCGGCCAGAGGAAGGCAAGGAGAGCCUGAGCAAGAAUCUGCUCUUAGUAGCCCUGUGCCUGACCUUCGGGGUGGAGGUGGGCUUUAAGUUCGCCACCAAGACCGUCAUCUACCUGCUCAACCCCUGUCACCUGGUCACCAUGAUGCAUAUCUUUCUCCUGGCCUGCCCUCCAUGUCGGGGAGCUAUCGUCGUCUUCAAGCUACAGAUGCACAUGUUGAAUGGAGCUCUUCUGGCAUUGCUCUUUCCUGUGGUAAACACUCGGCUGCUCCCCUUUGAAUUGGAGAUUUACUACAUUCAGCAUGUCAUGCUCUACGUGGUACCCAUCUAUCUGCUUUGGAAAGGAGGUGCUUACACUCCAGAGCCCCUCAGCAGUUUCCGGUGGGCUCUUCUCUCAACUGGCCUCAUGUUCUUUUAUCACUUCAGCGUCUUGCAGAUCCUCGGCCUGGUCACCGAAGUGAAUUUGAACAACAUGCUGUGUCCGGCCAUCUCAGACCCAUUCUACGGCCCCUGGUAUCGCAUCUGGGCCUCGGGACACCAGACUCUCAUGACCAUGACCCACGGGAAGCUGGUCAUCCUGUUCUCAUACAUGGCUGGGCCCUUGUGUAAAUAUCUGCUGGAUUUGCUCCGGCUUCCAGCCAAGAAAAUAGACUGAAGGUGCUUAUUUUUUUUUUUUUUUUUUUCUCCCUGAGGAAGCAAGUCGUGACUUGACUUGGAGAACACCCAGUUCUUGAUGAAAUCAUGGGAGAGGGCA